AUGGCACGGGGCACAACAAAGAAAAUCGCGGCGGCCGUAAAUAAACCAGGACAGAAGGCAGCUACUGCCUCGACCUCAGCUCUUCAGGAACAGCGCGAAGAAGCACGACAAACACUGCUGAAGGCAAAAGGGACUCGAUCGCAGUACGCCGGCCAUCUUGAACGGGGCCGACGGUUUCUCGCGGUCGUUGUUGAGCAGAAGAGAACUACCCAAGCAGAGGGCACUCACUCUCAAGCUGAUGGCGAGUCUGAUAUCGAUGCAUACAGUCGCGCGUUCGACAUCAUCCCUAACAGAUACUCGGCAUCAGCACUCGAGCUGUUCCUUGUCCAGAAGGGAUUGACGGAGGGACGGAGUUUGAGCACAACGUGGGGCAUCUUUUCCGCGUUCAAGGACAUGUGGAAGAACGCCAAGGGCGAGACUUACCGUGGUCCCUAUCACUGCAAUGAGGGCACUGGGGUGGUCACAGGAAACCCAGCCUUGUCUGCGGCUGCACAGGAUAUGAUGGAAGUCCUCAAGAACAACGAGGGUGCCGAAGGUGGAAGCAGAAAUCACGUGUCGGCCAUGACCAUCGAGGACAUGCAGAAACUCAUGGCCUGGUCCUAUAGCCAGUGUCCAGAUGGAAUUGUCAGCCACGUUCGCCAGUCUGUUGAAGGCAGGUCAACCCUUGACGUGGCUGAUGUGAUUCUGGCCCAGCGGCACCUCAUGGUGCGCGCAUUCUCAACAACGGGAAUCACAAUCUGGACACGGAAUUUUGAACUGACGAAGAUCAAGCGGAAAGACAUUGUUUGGAACUGCCAGGGACACCCACCUUAUGGCAUUCCCUUCGACCUCGUGAGCCUCGUCAACCGUAAAGGCUGGCAGCGGAAGGGGGAAAUUGAUGGUGCACUCGAAGGUAUCUAUUUUCGAUUGGGUCAUGAGUAUGAGGUCUACGCUCAGCCGAAGACCCCCGAAAUCUGUAUGUUCACACACCUGCGAGCUUGGGUGAGUUUCCUGGAGGAGGUACUUCUCCAACGGCCCUUGCAACCUGAAGAGUACAUCUUUCCGCGCGUCGGUGCAAAUGGUGUCGUCUACCCUUCCGACGAGCUGUCCUACGACGCUGUCAUGAAGACACUGACCUGGAUUUGCGCCGAGGCUGGGCUGACAGCCAGGUACACCAGCCAUUGCUUCCGCCGAGGUGGUGCGAGGUAUCGGUUUAUGUUUGCACCCCUCGGAGAGCGCUGGUCACUAUCUACAAUACGUUGGUGGGGUGCGUGGGCUGCAGGCGAAAGCGUUGAUACGCUGAUACGGUACCUUCUGGACGAGCUCACCCAAUAUGAGAAAAAUCACCGGGACGCGCUGUGCCCAAUUCCUCGGGAAGGCGACAAAAGCUUCAACGGCGACCACAUUUUGACAGCACCCAUCACCGCAGCGGAAACACGCGAACUCAAGAUGUCAUUCGAUCGCGAACUGAACCGCCUGUCUGGUAAAGUCGAGGAAGUACUAGACAAACUAACUCUUUCUCCGGCCUCAUCCCCUUAUCCCUCACUCUUGCCGUCACCUUCACAACCUCCAAUCUCGGUCCAACCAACCGUGUGCCAUCAGGCCACCAAUCCACCCUCUUUGCUGAGCAGCACAGAAACUUCUUCGAUACCCAGCCCGGUUCCUGUAGACUCGGCUUCUUCUCCCUUUCCUCGCAUCAUCCCCGCGCUGCAGGUGCCUCCCUCUGACUGCCAUCAGCAUAGCCGCAGUGCGGCAAAAAAGACAGCUCCCAUCCCCGGCAUCGGAAUCCCAGACCUCCCGCGUGGACAAGAGGCAUGGCUAGCUGCUGUAAAGCAGUGGGAGGAUCCUGCAGCAUCCAUUGGCGGCAAGGGACUGAAAGAUUGGCCAGAGGAGUGGUACACUGGCCCUAUGCGUACAAUCACUGGCGUGAAGCGGAACAUCCGCAAGGUGAUUGCUAUUGAGUUCUACCGGCUGCAGCGGGACCAUCAAGUUUUUCUGGAAGCAUACCCUGAGGCCACCCGCGGUGUCAAGCCACUUUUCGAUGCCAUCCAGCGCCAGCGUGAGGGACGCGGAGAAAUCACCGGUCGAGCAAGCAAGAACGGCCGCCCAGAAGUCCGAGCAUCCUCCUCCCGCUGA